UCCGGGUAAUCCACAUUGAUAGGACCAAAGAGACUGCCCUUCUAUACAAUAUGCAUUUCCAGGAUUAUUUGACCAUUCGUUUAAUUCGGGUACUUUCUCUUUUCUUCUUAUAUGUAUACAACGACCCGCUUUGCAGCUUCCGUCAGCCGGACAACGUUUUACUGAUCCUAUCUUUAUUUCAUAUGAACGCAGAUGUUUUAUAGUUUUUUGAUUACAUUGGAUUGAUAAACCGGGCAUUGAAAACUCUAAUUCUCCCAUAAGCAUUCCUUUUUCAUUCUUAAUCGAUAAUGAAAUAACUUGACCGUCAGGAAGCAUAGUUAAUGUAUUAACAGUAUUUAUCUUACAAGAAUAGCUACCAGCUUUCCUCUGACAGUCUUCUGAUUUCGCUUGUAUCGAAACUACUUCUAUCUCACAUAUAAUUGAACCAAUGAGUUCGAAAAGUAUUAAUCCAAUUAUUCCAAGUUUGUGUAAACGUCUGUUUCUUUUUAUUUUCUUACUAUUCCUUGCACCUGUUUUUGAUUUACCAAUUAAAUUUUUACUCGAUUCAUGUACUUUAGUCUCUCCCUUUCCUUUAAAAACUCUGAAUAUUGUUUUUAUUAUUUUCCAAAUAGAAUGUGUCAACCAUCCGAAUAUAACAAAUAAUUUACACAAAAACAUUAAUAAUCCAACUGAAAUACUCAAAAUAAUUCCAGUAAAUGUACCAAUUAAGAUUAAAGUUUCAAAAGAUUCACAUUGAGGAUUUGUAAUUCUUUCAAAAAAUCCCUCAACUCUUUUACAUGGAUCAACUGGUG